AUGGGUUGUAUCUCCUCGAAGCCCGCCGAAGCGGAUAAGGAUGCCAGCCAGCGCAAUGCCCGGAUUGACCGAGUCAUCAAGAGCGAUAAAAAGACCAUGGAUCGCACUAUAAAGAUCUUGUUACUCGGUGCCGGAGAAUCGGGAAAAUCCACUAUCAUCAAGCAAAUGCGUAUUAUCCACAGCCGAGGCUUCCCCGAAGAAGAGCGCCACCAAACACGGGCUGUCAUCUACUCAAAUGUUGUCAUUGCCUUCAAGGUCUUGCUAGACAUUAUGAAGGCGGAACGCAUAGGUUUUGAGAACGACAAUACAAAGGCCAACGGUCAACUAUUAGACAAAACCGAACCCGACGUCGGCUCGGAUGAGGCUUUCUCGGAUCUGAAGGUUCGCGAUGCGAUGAGGGCCAUGUGGCUCGACGGCGGUGUUCAGAAGGCCGUGGCGCGCGGCCAUGAAUUCGCACUUCACGACAACCUCAGCUAUUUUUACGACUCCCUGGACCGGAUCUUCGCCCCCGGGUGGCUUCCUGACAACCAGGAUAUGUUGCAAGCCCGACUUCGGACAACGGGUAUCACCGAAACCCUAUUCGAGCUUGGCCAGAUGAACUUCCGCAUGAUGGACGUUGGUGGACAACGCUCGGAGCGAAAGAAGUGGAUCCAUUGCUUUGAGGGAGUUCAAUGCUUGUUGUUUAUGGUGGCUUUAUCUGGAUACGACCAAUGUUUAGUCGAAGACCAGAAUGCUAAUCAAAUGCACGAAGCUAUGAUGCUGUUCGAAUCACUCGUCAAUGGCGAAUGGUUCAAGCGCAAGCCUAUCAUCCUUUUCCUUAACAAGAUCGAUCUCUUCAGAGCCAAACUCUCCAUUUCCUCCAUCUCCAGACAUUUCCAGGAUUACAGCGGCUCCGAUACAGACUUUGAGGCUGCUACACGAUACUUUGCCGACCGAUUCCGCGGAAUCAACCGAAUUCCAGAUCGCGAGAUCUACAUUCACCAGACCAACGCUACGGAUACCACUCUAUUGAAGGCCACCAUGGACUCGGUCCAGGAUAUGAUCAUACAAAAGAACCUUCAUACCUUAAUACUAUAA